AUGACUAACUACCCUGUGCUGGACGAACUUGUACAAUUUCCCAGAUAUUGCGGAAUCGAGCCUGAAUCGGAAUGCACUUCUCAAGUCGAAGCGGCAGCUGCUGCUGAUGAAUGGGAAGAUGAUUUUUUGUUUACGCAGCCGGACGUCAUCCAAAUAAUCGAUACGCAAGUGCAAAACGUCAUCCACCACGACUCGAAGGUGCGCGAGUAUUGUAAAUCACGCACCGAUGACGUUUUGUCUCAAUUUCAUCCGGAAGUGGCUCCAGUACGCGAAUCGUCACAAAACCUCUUAUCCGCGGACGAUAUCUAUAUCGGCUUGGAUCAAUUAAAUCAGGAGUGCGAGAAAUACAAGAUCGAGGCUCAGAAGCUAAAGGAAGAGCUAACGGUGAAAGAAGGCGAAAUUAAAAUCUUACGGGAAUGGAAAGCGACUCGUGAUCGCGAGGAGCUGAAAAAACAAAGCGAGUCAUGCGCUGCGAUGCAAGCAAUUCGCAUGAAGCAGCAGGCGGCUGAAGUUGAACAUCGUGCCACGAUCAACAGUCUUAAGACACAGCUGAAGUUCAUGGAGCAGGAAAAGAUGGCUUUGGAAGAAAAGCUUCUUGAGGAAAAAAGUAUAAGGACGGUGGUCGCUGAAACGUCGUCAGCAGCAGCCGCUCGUCUUGAUGCCUCAGAACCGAUGGAGGUCACUGAAAACGGUCAAGGCAUGGAGACCAGGAAUCGCACUGCUGCCCCCAGUACGGUGAAAUUUCCUGACGUGAGAGAUUUCUAUUCAAAUAAGAGGACCCGCCUGGACGCUGAACCUGUUGCUGAGGUAUCGUCGAUGAGCUGUACGGUUCAGACUGAUGAAGCGUCGCCUACGGUUCGGCCAUACUGGUUGAAGCGAGGAUGCCGUAUAAAAAAGUCUCUUUAUGAAGUUUACCUAGAACAACUGGAAUUUCUCGCCCAUGAACAUCCGCCAACGGUUGCUGAAAAGAUUCAGGUUCUGAGGGCUAUCACGCGUAAGGAACAGAGCUGACC